CCAGACCCUGCGUCGCCUUCAACUGUUCCGCUUCUCUAUUCAAAUGUGUCCGGUUUCCUUCGAUGAGGGCUCUUUACUUCCAUCCAUUCUCCGUGGGAUGAACGAGUUCUUUGACUUGGCGCUUCGGUCUCGUCAGUCCGCUUAUUUGGCCCAUCCCUAACAUCAACCAGUGUUGAAAAGUUUGCUCUCUGAACAACGUGAUUCAUCGUGAUAAAGUCUACGAAACUGAGCCAGCGAGCGAUCUUUACAUGACGAAAGGUUUCGGUUGACACUCGACCUACGCCCAACUGGCGACGAACUCUCUUCACCAGUGGAAUUUUUUUCGCGGCUUGAUCUCAUCUAUUGGUGAAAGGGCCUCUCUCGAGACCGACACCCUCAAACUCACCUUUUAACAUUUUCUAAAGCCGCGUUGAGCAGCCUGCCAGGGCUUUCAAGCUCUAGCGGCGCAGAUGUAUGUCCGCUACUCUGGCGGAUCCGUAUCGUGACUAUGCGAUUGAUUACUCUCAACAUGCUACCUGCAAACCUGAGCAGCAGGAAAGCACCCUUGUUUAUCACACGCCACAACCGCACCUUCACCAUCACAAGCAGGCCGAACCCCCCUACUCGCAAACAACCUCUCACAGCACGGCGGCAUUCGAGCAGCAUCAUGCAAGUGCGACCGUGCUUCCAGCGGCGACGCCUCAGCCAUCAGUCCAUGACAUGUCACAGACCGUUGUUCUCGGCCAUACGCCGAUGCUUCCACGGCAGCUUCCUGUCCAGUAUCCCCCAACCAGCUUCGAGAUCCCUCCACUGCAGCGUGGCAAGAAACGGCAUCAUUCAGAGACAGACGGAGAGGAGACAGACCAUGGUCUCAGACCCCAACUCUCAGUCCUCUCCACAGAUGGGCCGGCCGAGCAUGGUCAUUCAUCGGAAAUGCUCUUCUCUGUCCACGGCGCCUCGUCUCAGCAGCCCCCGAUGGCAGGUCACGGCUUUGGGCACGCAGAAUCCGUUGGGCUGCCGCAACACCAUCAUCACCAUCGCCUCCCGCCCCAUGCGGCGCUACGAACCCCUGGCCGCCAUGGUAUGAAUGUGGAAGCGUCACCAAUGCCCUCGGGUCCUCCGAGUGUUGUAGGCCAGCCCGGGAUGCCUGAACCGGCUCCCAGGCCUCGAGGCCCGAAACUGAAGUUCACACCGGAGGAAGACGCCCUGCUGGUGGAAUUGAAAGAAAACAAGAAUCUAACGUGGAAGCAAAUUGCGGACUUUUUCCCAGGCCGAACGAGUGGCACCUUGCAAGUUCGAUACUGUACCAAAUUGAAAGCAAAGGACGUGACUUGGAGCGAUGAAAUGGUGCAAAGACUGCAGCGUGCCCUUCAAGAAUACGAGAACGACCGGUGGCGCAUUAUCGCAGGAAAGGUUGGCAAUGGCUUCACGCCAGCCGCUUGUCGCGAAAAAGCGACGCAGCUUCAAUGACUGUCACUCGGAUAUAAUUUUGCUACGUCCCGUUACUCUGUCUAAUGUCUCAAAUAAUGCGUUCAUUUGUUACGUCCCUCCUCCCUGUGCACACAUAUAUGUAGGAACCGGGUGCGAGGUUCAUGGCGUGAUCUGACACCAGAGGGUCAAUGUACGGUAG